UUGAGAAAGGCAACUGCGGUGUCAGCAUUAUGAGAAGCGGCGAGGCCAUGGAGCAGGGACUCAGAGACUGCUGCCGGUCCAACCGUAUCGGUAAGAUCCUCAUCCAGAGUGACGAGGACACUCAGAAGACCAAAGUUUACAACGCCAAGUUCCCCCUAGAUAUCAACAGGAGGAAAGUCCUCCUAAUGUAUCCCCUUCUCACUAAGUAUGUAUCAUCAUGUCAAGUAUGGAUCAUCAACAGACUCAAUACAGUACUAACUCCUCCUCAGGACAAAGAGUUCAUGUGAAGUGUCGCUCUGCCCUGGGCCCAAGGAACUGUGCUGUAAAAGUCACUUUUUGAAAUGACCAGAAAUUAGGACUAAAUUGCUCCCGUUAGCAAGGCAAUAGUGUAGUAGUCAUGGGCAUCCCCUGUUUUUAUGAAGAACACUUGACAGUGAGACUUUUCCACUUGAUUUGCUCUCUGCAACACGAUUUCUGUUAAAUUACACCUUCCAGCUAAGAUAAUUGUGGGAAGGUGUCUUUUAUUCGGCUCUGAAAAUGACCUUGGUAGGUAGCGUGCUUCAUAUUUUUCAGCAUCAUUUACCCCAGGCAGAUAAUUACACGUUUCUGAGGGAAACCAUAAAGAGCUCACUGGACGGCAAUGAAAAUUAUGAAUAGGCCAAAUGAAACCACUGAGAGUGAAGUAAUGGUCAUCUUUUUGUCCUCUAACUAGCAUCCCUCCCUGGGUGGAUGAAGACCUGCCUUGAGACAGAUCAAAAUGACAUGUUCUUUUAUAGAAAGUAUCAGCAGAUGAGUCAUAGAUGAUCACUCAAGGCUAGUACUAAGGACAGACUUUUCUUCAAGACUUCAUUAAUGUUGCCUGUUCCUCAGUCAAGUCACUGUGAUGUCUGUCCUGUUUUUAUGCUAUCUAAUAUACAUAUGUUCUGCCUUCAGGUAUAGGUAACAUAUAAAAUAAAAUUGAUUGAUUAACACA